AUGAUUGCUCCUUAUUAUAUUUUCUAUCCCAACAAUUGCCCAUUCAAAAGGAAAUUGGUGCUUAGGUGCUCUGACACGAGACCUAUAAGAAGCAUUUUCCAACCUCAAAGAGGUUUGAUGUAUAAAUUAAGUGCAAGUAAUCUGCAGUAUGUGACAAGCAUAACCUAUUUGCUUACUACUUACUCAAAAUACAUGGCGACUGCAAAGUAUUCUUUCAACUGUGGAAACCUAUUGGUUACUUCAAAGACUAUACGCAGCCUAGCCAAAAGACAAGUUGACUACAUUUUAGGAGAAAACCCUUUAAAAAUGUCGUACAUGGUUGGUUACGGGACAAAUUUUCCGAGAAGGGUUCACCAUAGAGGAUCCUCUUUGCCCUCACAGACAAUCCAUCCACAAAAUUUUGGUUGUGAGGGUGGUUUCCAGCCAUUCUUCUACACAGCAAACCCUAAUCCUAAUAUUCUAACCGGUGCCAUUGUUGGAGGUCCAAACCAGAAUGAUUUUUUCCCAGAUGAUAGAACAGAUUAUAGUCAUUCAGAGCCUGCUACUUAUAUUAAUGCUGCCAUUGUUGGACCUUUGGCAUACUUUGCAGGGAGCAAAUGAUGAUCUGUACUUCAUAUAUGCUUGAUAGAAGUUUAUGGAAGCACUGCAAAUGUAGAUAUAAUGAUAUGUCCCAAAAAUGGGUCUUGUAUCACCAAAAAAAGUUUGGUGGAUAUUUGGAUGUUUAAUUUAAUUCUCGUUUAGUUUAUGUGGCUCUAUAGUUCAAGCACAUACAUUCGAUCUAGGAAUGACCCUAGUUGCCUUGUCCAAUGCCUAUCCUAAGUGAUGGCAUAUGGCUAGGUCGAAUGAAGUGUAGUUUCUUUAACUUAUAUGUUGUACCCCGUCUUUGAAUGAAGAUUUUUUUUUUUCACCUUUA